UGGCAGAGGCAUCAGAUAGCGCUCACAGGAUUGCGGUAAACACAACAAUUGACAAGGAAUCAUGCAAGACCGUGUGGAUACCAGCCGUGGAAAAACUGAAGGUAUUCAGAUUGGUACCCAGGAGGGUACGAGCACCCUGUACGUAAGGACACUCAACGAAUAUGUAGCAAUAAUGUCCUCUGAUUACGACUCUUCUGCUAUAAAAGACGUCAAUGGAGAGAUAAUCCAUAGUAUGUCCGUCAAUUACGUUCCAGUCAGUUGCAGAUGGCAGGGCUGUUCGUGGCUCAUGGCAUACAUUCUAUCGUUCACCACAACGGGUUGGUGGAACCAUUCUGUCCUAAUAGAGACGACAUUAAUCAACACUGGCGGCACUAGAGCCGCUUCAGAUAUGGAACUUAAAGCCAAAUUUAUGCCCAGAGCCGCUACGGUAUAUAUACCAGGAGGAUAUGAAUACAUCUGCCUAGUGAUUGUGGAUGACUGUAUUAAGAGCUUCGACUGUGACUAUACAAUUUGCAGUGGAAUCUCGGCGAAGCGGGAGGGGGAGCAUAACUUUGCAGCGAUGGUCCAUGCCUACCUGGGACGUGCCGAAUCCGAAAAGGUUUGUAAGAUUACGGUAGGGGAUGUAAAUAUGGCUCUACAAAACGCGACUCAAUAUCUUGCAAACGAAGAGGAAUUAAACAAAACGCUUCUGAAAUGUGCUGUUUUGGCGACAAGCAAAUAUAAUGGCUACGGCAUCAGCUCGGGUCCCAAAAAUCUCACAAAACAAGAGGGGACAAUUGAGCGUGAUCUCAUUUACGCACCUUAUUCCUUUAACAGUAAAGAUGCCCUUAAAAUGGGCGAGCAUGAACUAUUGGAUUUAGUAAGCUUAUCGACUGAAGCUCUAACCGAGAUUCUGGAGAACCACAAACACUGGCGCACGGAUCCGCUCGGCUAUUUUGCCUUUGGAUCUGUCGGUAUCACCACAGAUGAUUCCCACCGCCCAAUUCCGGAAAAAAAUAUAACGUACGUUUCUCAGUAUAAACUUAGCACAUUGAGCCCAUCGGUAAGAAUAAUGAUGGCGUGUGGCGUGUACGAUAGGGGACCGGCGGGAAGAUUGACCAAUUGGGCAGCGGCCGAGCUAGGAGAAACCAUUUUUAUGCAUAACGGAAUGGGAUGUCGACAUCGUUUGUGGAGUGUUUGCAGCUCGAAUAAUGUGUGGGCGACCAUAACCGGAAACUUCGUAGCUACGGGAGCAACAAGAGGCAGAGUAGUGGAUCGAUUGAACCACCACCAGAUUCUGGGAUUAUCAAUGAAUAUUGCCAGUAAGGCGGCUGAUAUACCUGUCUCAUGGUACGAUACCCAUUACAGCUGGAAUUGUCCAUGGUGAUUUGUCGCAUAUAUUGCCAAAAAUCUAGGCCACUCAUUUCAGCCUAACAGCGAGCUGUUUGGGCUAACAAUACAAAGCACCGAACCUGGUUGGUCAAUACGAUCGAAUAAUAGAAUGGAUAUGUGUAUGCGAACCGGCAUUAUGGGAUACGAGAUUAAUUAUAAGUCUGUCGACAUAAUGACACCCUCUAAAUCGAGGGGAAUGGAUUACCACAAUAUCAGCUGGGAUCACUAUGCUGUAACCGAUGCCAAGAAAGGGAGUCAUAUUUCAGUAAAAACAGAACUAACAAGAGGCAUUUGUCAGCUGAAUGUGAUUAUACUACUUAAUUAUGAUGAUUUCAAUACACUUAAUGAAUUUGUUGGCUAUAAUAGAAACCAUCCAAAUCAUCUAAACAAUCCGGUCGCGGUUUCGAGCAGUUCCGAUAAUUAUUGGUACCACAUUUUCGAGAAACUAAGGAAAUCUGAUUGACGAGAGACUCACAUAAAAUGUUGAUUUCUUGUUAGUUGGUACUAUUAUGCACAUGUUUCAUUUAUUAUUAUUGCGCUCAUCAUUUUGCUGGUGUUGCAUUAUUAUCCAUAUUAUCAUUAUGCUUAUUAUUAUUGUAUUCUAUUACCAAAAAUAAUUUCUUAAAACUUGUAUGUUUAUCAAUUACUUUAAGUUUGCUUUUGCGCAACUGCUCGGGGAUUGGGUUGGAUUUGUUUUGUGUUUUGCUAUUUAUGUACUAUAUAAUUCGAAUUAUAAUUCGUACAUUUACGUUUUGGAUUUGCAUUUUCGCCAGCAGUAACUUGGUAUUUUUCACUUGUUCUCUCGAACUACAAAUAGAACGCAGAAGAACCGAAUUCCACCGGAGGAAAAGAGCUACAAUAAAAUGUCUAAAAUACACAUGUUUGUUUCU